UUUAUUUUUGAAACAAAUUGCACUAAACAAUAUAAAUCUUUAUAAGGUUUUCGAAGUGAACUAAAAGUUAUUUCAUAUAUUCGAAUUUUAAGCAACGAGAACAAUUUAAAAAUCAAUCAAAAUGUCCACUUUACAAGGACAACAACAAAACUUCAACAAUGCAGUUUUCGUUAAUCCAAACAAUCAAAUACGUCAAGUAUUCACAUUCAGUCCAAAUGUCAAUCAAAAAAGAUCAACAACCAACAUUAAUGGAUACGAUUCAACACCAAGAAAGAGAAAACAUGUGAGUGACAAUAACGAAGCUGAUCAAGCUGACAAUUCAGGAAAGCGUCAACAUAUUGAGGCACAAACAAAUUCUCAUCAUCAAAGCAUUUACACUUGCUUCAAUAAUAACUGCCAGCACAGGUCAUUCUCGAAUGAAAGUUUCUCAAAGUUAUUGAAUUUCUUUCAAAAUGACCAACGCAAUGUUUUGAAAGGAUUCUGCAUGAAUUGUGGAAGUUCAAUAUUUGAGGAACUCUUCCAUUUGUAUGAGCAUUUUCGUGGCUUUUCGCAGUCUUGUGAGCAGGCAAAUGUCGAGAUAAGAAAUGUUCCAUCAAACGACUUUGUUAAACCAUUCAUUAUAAAGAAAGAGGCUGUAGACAUUUUAGAACAAACAGAUUUCAUAGAUCAAUUUGAAAAGACAAAUGUCAGUGAUAUGGAACUUGAUGAUUCUAUUACCGGACGAGAAGUUCAUGAAAAUACACCAAAUAAUGUAGAAUUAAGUCCUGUUGCGAAAUCAACUCAAGCACCAAACCAGAACAACGUUGAUGAAACUUCUUUUAACAUUAAGAAGGAAGCCAUUGAAAGACAUCACGAUUUGGAAGCAACUGUGAGAAUGCCCGAACCAAAAAAAUCAGUUUCAAAUAAAUUUGAGGACCUUAAUGCCACAGUGUUGAUUCCUUAUGAUCAACACAGAUUGAUUCAAAGUAUUGAGCCAAAAGAGAAUUUGGUUCCAAAUUCUGAAAAGUUAUGCUCAUCUAAAUUAACAUGCCUUGAUUUUAUCAGCAAGAAGAUUGACAAUGCUAAGAAUAACGAAAGCGAUAAGAAAAAGAACAUAACGCCGAAUAAAAAAAGCAUUUUCAAUCUUAAGAAAAAAUCAAGCACAGAAGUUAAAAAUGUAGAACCAAAGGAACCAGAAGAUGUUGACAUGUCACUCAACAACAUUACUAUUGACAACUUGCUUGAAAGAAUCAAAAAUUCAACAAAAACAGUGAAAGAAGGUCCAAAGUUUGUCAUUGAAGUUGAGGACUUGGAUAAAGGAAAUGACAAGAAUAAGAAGACAGAAAAAGAAAGUCAAAAAUCAGAAGAAGCUAAGACAAAGUCCAAACAAAGAUCUUCAAUCAACAAUUAUUUUUCAAAGAUUGAUGGAACUAAGAAAUUUAGCAAAUCAGAAGCUUGCAGUGAAUUCCAAUCAAACUUCAGUGAACAACUAAUGACUAAGGUUAUGACAGAAAAGACACCAAUAAAAGGAACUCCAAAGCGAAAAGAGUCACUAAGAAAUAGAAAUGAAAGUGAAAAGCAAUCAAUAAACAAGGAAACAGAAAUCAACAACAUUGCUGCAGUAAAUCUAGAGCAAGUUCAUCCAAAGUAUCAAACUAAAUUAGCAUCAAAUGAGGAUAAGUCUACAAAAUCUGAAACCAAACUAAUUAAGCAAUCAGAUAAGGCAGACAAAAAGUCAUCAAACUUAAACAAUUCGUCAACAUCGCAUGACAAGUCACUAAACAAUUCACAAAAGUCACUAAACAAUUCACAAAAGACCUUAAACUCUACAACAUUUGAAAUGACAAAACAUGUUCCGUACAUGGUUGACAUUGAAGCUCUAAUCGCUAAAAGCUCAUCAAAUGCAGAGCUAGUAAGCAUCAAAGAUCUCUAUCCAUGGAUUAAUCAAAGCGUUACAUCGAUAAUGUUUAAGACAAAACCAUCAAUUGACAUCCUGCUGAAUGAAUAUUCGCUGUUCUCAACAUACAAAUGCAUGAACGAGUUCUGUAACUUCUUCACGACAGAUUUUGAGGAAUUUAAGACACAUGCAAAGAGUCAUGACUCAAUAAAUAAUUAUUGCAGCUACUGCUUGAAGAACUUUGACAAGUCAAUUGAUCUGUGCAAUCAUCUCGACAUUUCUCACAAAUUUGAUAGAUUCCAAUGCAAUAAAUGUAUGUUCAGGUCGUGUCAGAAAGGAUAUGUUGAUGUUCAUCAGCGUGUACAUCAUGCAGAUAAAGAAAAUUGUGAAGUCUUCAAAUCACCUGUUCAAAAAUUAUUGAAAAGUGAUCGAUCAAAGUGUCUGCCAGCUUUGAAUAAGAACCGCGAGAAGUUUGUCAUGCCGUAUAGAUGUAAAACACCUAGAUGCCGUGAAGUAUUCUACUGCAAGGAUAAUUAUCGCAAGCACCUCGAAAUGGAAUCACAAAAGCCAUCAUGCAAAGACUUUAUGGCUCUAAUUUGCCAUCAACUCACAUUAAUUGACCAUUCAAGAACCACAACCAAUGCUGAAGGUGUCUACCAAUGUCUACACUGCUCAUACGGAACUGACAGCUCAAACAUUUUUGAUCAUAUGGCACUUAAUCAUCCACAUGAGUUUGCAUAUGUUUGUAAACGAGUAAAGCCACAAAGGCUGGUUGAGUUGAACAUUAUCUCAGCACAUGAAACAGUCGAGAAUUCAACAUCAAUUGAGUAUUUUGGAACGACAACGGCAGAAGCAAAGAGUUUUAAGGGUGAUUUGGAAAAGUUGAAUUUUAAAAAUUUGGGAAAGGAAUUGAAAGGAAAAAAGAGAUUUGUUGUGAGUGAUGUUAUGUCGAUUGAUAAUUGAGGAAGGAGAUGAAGAUGUAAAUCAUUGAAUUAAGAAUAAAAUCUGUAAAUACAUAAAAUGAC